AUGGCUGAUGCAAAUGAUACCACCGUUCGUUAUGACUCUGUAACACACUUACCGUUAUUGGUUAGCAUGCGGAUUUCAAUCUUGGCAGUGGGGCCUCGAGAAAAGAAAACAGUAACACAGGCGGAAGGGGAUUCUGAAUCUCACGGUAAGGUAGCAACCGCACAGGAGAAUGGCUGGCAACGUUGCUUUUCAUGCUGGCGAAUGGUGGAAUUAGAUCAUGGUUGCAACCAUAUGACAUUCGACGCCUUCUGUCGCUGCGGGGCCGAAUUCUGCUACAAUUGCGGAAUGGAGGGGAAGAAUUGCCAGUGUGAGCAAUGGAACGAGCAUGGUCUCCUUGCACGUGCAUAUCAAAUCAUUGAUCGAGAAGCAAACCAGCCGGCAGCUGCGACGCCCCGGCAAGACGCCGACGAGGCCAUUCUGGAG